GACUUGAGUUUUGCCGAUAGUAGCUCGCUCUUCUCGAUGUACAGUGACUACGAUCGCACCACUUUUUUACCUAUUUUGGACUUUUUAAACGAGACGAAAAUGCAUCUGGACUUAAAGUUUAUGAUUUAAGCUUGUUUUAAGUCGGAUAAGCCGGUCAAUAUGUUAUUUAGCAGUACAACAGUGCCACUUAUACAGGAAGGACCCAGGCAGCAUCGUGUAAUCAAGGCGACUGCAGCUUAGCCACGGCCAGCCAAGCCACCUCAAAGAGGGGGUGGUAAGCAUCUGUUUUCGGGCUGUUGCUGGUGGGAUGCUACGGAAAAGCAGUAGUAAUAGCGGAGGAGGAGGAAGAGGAGGAGGAGGCAAUAAUAGUGGAGCUAGGGGCCUGCCGCGACACGUUUCUAACCCCAACACAGGGUCACUUUCGGCUGGAUCCACCAAGACCUGGGACGUACGGCGACAGAGAGCCCAAAACCCCUUCAUCUCCAUGGGGCUGACCUCCAACCUGACCGGGGCAUCUGGAGUAGACCCUGAGUAUGUAAUGCAGCUGGUGAAUGAUGUGAGGUGGUUCGCUGAUGUCCUACUAAGCCUCAAGCAGGCGUUUCAAUGUAAAGAUCUCCAUGACGACCUCCAGCGUGUGGUUCAGGAGCGUCUUUCCGAGUUGCUCCGAGUUCUGAAGGCUGUCAUCGGGAAGCACCAGACCUUGAACUCUGUGGACAUCCUCGGAGCGGCCGGCACUGUCAUCGCCAAGGUCAAAGGCAUCAACUUUAAGGAAGUGACCCAAGAAAACCGAAAGGCCGUGUUUUCUGAGAUACACGCAUCCAUUGACACGUUGGCAUUCACUUUCGGCAAUGUAGUUUCUGACUUCCUUAUGGGAGAUGUGGACAGCGGCUCAGGGUUGGGGAUCCCCCAGGCCAGGAGAACCAGGUCUUUUGACAAUCUGGCUGCAGAUCCUGAGGGCUACGAGAAUGAAAAAGUCGAGCUCCCAGGCCCUGAAGUGUCCCUGUCCCGAGAGGAGGAGGUGGACCUGAGGUUGCAGAAGAAUGACAGUGGGGUGGAGUCGGCCUUACUCUACGCUAAGGCCUGGUCCAAGUACAUCAAAGACCUGCUGGCCUGGAUGGAGAAGCGACUGGCUAUGGAUAUCGACUAUGCAAAGAACUAUGCAAAAAUGGCAGAAUCUGCAAAGACGCUGGCCGGUCAACAGGACUACAUGCCAUUUAGCGAUAUCUACACUUCAGCAUUUAAGAAUGACAUUGAAUACAACCAGCUACUAAUUCAGAACGCCAUGGCUCUCCAAUCCAAUAAAUUUAUACAGCCUCUUCAAGCACGGAAGAAUGAACUGGACAAGUUGAGGAAAGACAUCAAGGAGCAGUGGCAGAGGGAGCAGAAGAAAAUGCAAGAAGCAGAUGUGAGUUUGCGUAAGGCCCGAGCGUUGAAGACCCAAAGGAAAGAGGAGUACCAGAAGGCCCACACGUCCACAAACCGAUCCCAGGAGGAGGCAACCAAUGUGGGCAACAAACAGCUGGAGAAGAAGAGGAGGCUGGAGGAGGAGGCCAUGCAGAAGGCUGAAGAGGCACAGGACCAGUACCAGAUCUGUUUGGCUGAAUCUGGAGUCCGAAAACUGGACCUGGCCAAUGCUAAAAGCACCAUCCUCACCCAGAUCAGAGAGAUGGUCUUCCAGUGCGACCUCACCCUCAAAGCUGUGACAGUGAACUGGUUUCAGAUGCAGCAGGCCCUGAACGCCUCUGUGCCCACUCACUACCAGGCUCUGAGCGACAGCGCCAAACUGUACGAGCCCGGGGAGUGCUAUGCCGAGUUUGUACGAAAUCUGCCCCGAAAUCUACCAAAGGAGAGAUUGCACUCGGACUCGAUCUCCUCAGAUAGCACCAGAUUUAUCUUUAACAAGCGCUCUGUGGGCAGCACUCACUCGUCCCAUGGAAACCUGUCGCAGGCCUCCAUCACCUCCUGCGACGUCCUGGGCGUAGACGAUACAGACCUGCACCGAACAGCCAUAAGGACCCAGGCCCCCCACAGACCCUGGUUUUCGGGCUCCCAGGGCAGUCACGGGGGCAUGUGCAGUGACUCCGAGAGUGCAGGGGGCAGUAGUGAGUCCCGGUCUAUGGACUCACCCACAGCCAGUCCAGGAGAUUUUAAACGGCGUCUGCCCAGGACUCCAUCCACGGGAACCAUGUCUUCAGCUGAUGACCUGGAUGAGCGGGAACCACCUUCCCCCUCUGACAAUGGUCUAGCAGAGAUGGUAACGGAGACAGCCAGUUCUCCAGGCCCAUUCCGAAAUGCGCAGAUGUCCAAGGCAGCUCAAACACAUAAGCUGAGAAAACUACGAGCCCCCUCCAAAUGCAGGGAGUGUGACAGCCUGGUGGUCUUCCAUGGGGCCGAGUGCGAAGAGUGUUCAUUGGCUUGCCAUAAAAAGUGUCUGGAAACUCUGGCCAUUCAGUGCGGACACAAGAAGCUCCAGGGACGACUGCAGCUCUUUGGGAUCGACUUCGCCCAAGCCUCACGAAACAGCUCGGACGGGAUCCCAUUUAUCAUCAAGAAGUGCACCUCGGAGAUAGAGAGUCGUGCCCUUAAUAUCAAGGGAAUCUAUCGGGUGAAUGGAGCCAAGUCUCGCGUGGAAAAGCUUUGUCAGGCAUUCGAAAAUGGUAAAGAUCUGGUGGAACUGUCUGAACUCUCACCGCAUGACAUCAGCAACGUCCUCAAGCUCUACCUGCGACAGUUACCCGAGCCCCUGAUUUUGUACCGAUACUAUAACGAUUUCAUCGGUCUGGCUAAAGAGUGUCAGCGUGUGAUCGUGGAGGAGGCAGACAUUCGGCAGAGUAACCAAACAGCAGCGAAGGAAACCCCAAGUGUGGAACUGAACCGAGUCAUGUUUAAGAUACGAGACAUGCUGCGACAAUUGCCACCGGCCAACUACAGGACCCUCCGAUAUCUUAUAGCACAUCUGCACAAAGUGACCGAGCAGGCGGAGGAGAACAAGAUGACUGCGAGUAACCUUGGCAUCAUCUUUGGGCCGACGCUGGUCAAACCUCGCCAGGCGGAUGCAGAGGUCUCUCUCUCCUCUCUGGUAGACUAUCCAUACCAAGCCCUGAUGGUGGAGCUGCUCGUCAGACAUUAUCAGACCGUCUUUGACCCGAUGCCAUUGCCCGGAUCUGAGCUGAGCACCGCGGGACAGGCCUCGCCCAAACUCACCCCCCAAGAGAAAAUACAGAGGCUCAGUCGGCACUCCACCUCACUCGUGGAUAUAAAAGAGACGGCCAAAGUCUACAAGAGAUAUUCCUCUGUGAUCCCCUCGUCUCAAAUCCUGAAUGAAGUGGAGGAGGUGCAGCCCGGAACAGACCGAACCGAUGGCUCAAAUCUCGACAAAACCAACGGGAUCCAGACCUCCGCAGGCUCCUUGGAUCCUCAAAAAUCCACUCCAGUCUUCGGACGCCCCACCGUGCAUUCCUCCACUGCCCUCCCCUCCACCACCAUGGCACAGAAAGUCCAACUGCGUGCUCAACGAACCCGCCAAUUAUCUCGGCCAAUCAGCAUGCCUCUUGAACGCCUCCCCACCCCCGCUCAAAUCAGUGAAAGAAACAACCGCAACAUGGUUAAUGCUAACUUGUCUAAUGCUAACAUGGCUAAUGCUAACAUCGAUGGGGCUUCCUUUGAACGGGAUAGUGUUUCGGAAACUAUCCAGGAAGUCCCCGAACCUGAAAAAGUGCGUUCAUCUCGAGUCAGUACUUACUAUAUAACGCCUUUUAUUGACACGCAAACUAUGCAGAGGAGAACUUGGGAUAGAAAGUACAAGCACUAUGAUGUUACUCCAAGAACUGCUAUGAUUGUCGCUAACUCUACCACUCCGGGGCAAGUUAAACCGAAUUCUUCUGUCCCGACUGCAACGGCUUCCUCAGCAGCGCCAACCACAGGCACUGUUACAAAUGUUUUCUCGACUAGCCCCUAUGCCGUUUCUUUAAAAUCAGUUUGGACUAAAAGGGAGCUAGAUACCGAAAAUACAGACCCUAGCAGUUCACCAAAAGUUCCAUUGACUUUGAGAGCGCCAAGAACACUUCAACCCCCACCUGGAACAUUUUACAAACCACCCGGAUCUACAAACAGCCGUGCAAGGACAAUUCCAAGUUGGACUUCUAUUAUUACUACCACUACUGCUACUACUACAAUCGCUACAACUUCACCCACGCAAGCUAUCCCGGACAAGCUACCAACUUCGCCAACCGAAAUGAGCAGUCCACAAUCCAAACUAGAGGCGCAGGAUUCUAUAGAUAGCGCCAUCGAUACCCCAGCUAGCCCGUCCCCGCCACAGUCCCCUCCCCCCGGCAGCCCAGAUGAAACGAGUCCCUCCGAAAAUAAAAACGUUUACCAAAGACUGAGACCCCGCAGGUUACCGGAGCUGGAGCACAGAGAGGCGCAUUUUGUGUAAAGCCAAAUCUACACUGCAAAAAAGGAUUGUCUAUGUUAGUUUAAAUGGUUGAAAUUCAGAAUAUUGAUCUUGUUUGGGUAUUUUUUGACAAAAUAAUAUGGAACCUACCUAGACGACUGAGGGAUUACACAGAUAUAAGACCACAUGGUAAUAUAAAAGGAAGUACUACCAUUUAAUGCUGAAAGUCACAUUCUAUUGUCUAAAUAAAGAGCGUUUUUAAUUUUCAUCGCGGUAUCAAAAUCAGUAGUAAAUUCCUUAGUAUCGGAAUUGAGUUUGACAUUUUUGUCUCGUGUUAACACUAUUACCUAGUUUGUUUGUUGUUAGUACAUUUUAUUACUUAAUUAAUUCAGUAACUGUCAGUUGAGUUAUACAUCGGCAAAUUAUAAGUAAAAAUAAAUCUUAAAGUAGAUGAUAAAUAUACACAAACCAAGAUGUAUUAAAACAAGGCCAAAAUAUAAACUACAUGAAUUCAAUUUCUGUAUGUCAGUCAUUUCUGCUGAUGUAGGUCAUACUUGUUUGCAGUGCAUCAUCUUGUUGUAAAUAGAUAUUUUGUGCCAUAGUAAAUAUAUUGGGAGGUAUGUUUAUUUGUCCAGCUGAGUGGAGUGGAUAGCCUGGUCAGCCUUUUAUUCUAUUAAAAAUAAUGAUACAAAAUAAUAAUGCAACUUUCUGCCAAUGGACAUGCAUUGGAACAUAUGAUUUUAGGUAAAACUAGUGCUGUCCAGUAUUGUGGGUAAUGUUCAAGGUGUGUCAUGGAAAGUUAAUUUUCUGGAAAAAGUUAUAUAAAAAGUACAUGAAAAACACUACUCAAAGCACAAGUUACUAGUUAAUUUCAUCACAAUUUUACCAACAUUCCGUCAUGCUUUUAUGUGAGUUGAUGAGCAUAUGAGGCUUUGGGGCAAUUGGGACUUGUGCUCUACUUAGUAACUAGUACUAAAUUGCAAUUAGUUACAUUUUAAAUCAUACAAGUACAUUACAGAAAUCUGAGUAUUUGUAGUUACUUACUUUCAACCCCUGCCAGUUAAUUAGAUAGAAAUAUAGCCCCUAUUUUUGGUUUAUUUUUGCUCUAAGAAAAUCUAGGGAAGUUUCAGACCUUCUUCUCUCUUAUUCUAAUGUUUGAACGGGUUUGGCUGACCAGGCUACGCAGUGGAAGAACUGAGGUAUUUGGAAGAUAAACCAUGUAAGUGUUAUAUGUUAUUUACACAUUGAAGUUACUGUUACUGUGGCUGGUCUGGCCAAUCUUUUAAAAGAGAAAUGCAUGAUUUUUAUAUUUAUAUCAAUAAGGUUUUCUAUUGUCGAUGUUGAAAUCUGUCUAUUAAGAAACCCAUCAUUUCCUGAGCAUAAAUAUAUUGUACAUUGAUUGAAUGGUAUAAUAUUGUAAUCACUCAAUGCACUUAUGGCAAGUUCAAAAUCUAAUGUUGCGUUAUUUUGUUAAUGCUGGCAUCAUUUAAUAUUUUAUUCCUUGAGGAAGAUAUGGAAGUAUUUUAACAUAAUAUUUUGAUUUUAGUUCAUAAUUUCCAUGGUAAAUUAUAUUCGUAGUAGUCAUUGAUUGGUACAUCUUUGUCAAUGAGUAAAUUCUUUGUGUUUACGUUUGCACAAAUGGAAAAUUCUGCAUGUUUGUCACAGUAAUUUUGGUCCAUCAUUGUUAUGGUUUUACAAAUGACAUGCAACAGAUUUUUUGCUGCAAAUUAAAAUGUAUUUUAAAUAUU